AUGCCGAUCACAAAGAAUCACAGACGCAUUUCUUCCUUACGGAAAGGUGUGUUAUGUUCAGCUAUAGACAAUUUAACGCUAGAAGAUGGAGACAAUUUGAAGUCUUGUAGUUUUGUGCAUCAACAAAAAUGCAACGGGGAUGAGAGCAAAUCGCGAUCAAUAUCUAUGCACAAUUCCAAAAUACCUGAAGCUGGAGAUAUUAGGCCCAAUCUUAAAAAUCGGAGAUUCAGCUGUUCAGAUGCAUUAAAUGCCCACAAUAAAAGAAGUUUUACCCAUAACAGAUCGAGAGGUCUUCUUCUCAAAAGCAGCAUAGCAGUUCGAAGACAGAAAAGACCUAGUAAAAGUAAGGAAACAACAACCUUGCCCAAAGAAGACAAAUUCUUGAAAUGGAGGGAUACUUCUUACGAGGAGAGAAAAGAAAGAACAAAACUUAUUGAAGUUUAUGGGAAGAAGAAUGUUGGAAAGACGACAUUUUUGCAUUUAUUUAAAUCGCUAAAAGAAUUUGUUCAAGGGCAGCAAAGCAGCAGUGUUUUGUGUGAAAAUACUAACUCCGACAUGUGCUUAACAAUCGAAAAUAAGGAGAUAUGUCCAGAAACGAUUUCACAGGACAUAGAUGACGCGGACGCAUGUGUUGUCAUGUUUUCUGUGUCCGACAAAGCAUCGUUCCAGUUUGCCAAACUUUGUGUGCAAAAUAUUCGUCGAAGUCAUCGAGAAGAUGUGCCUAUAUUUCUUGUAGCAAACAAAUCUGACUUAAUUCGAUACCGGAAGGUGUCUACGAAUGAUGCCAUUAAAGUUGCCGACAUUCACAAGUGCCUGUUCUUUGAAACAUCGUUAACUAUGAAUCACAACACAGAAGAACUAUGUAAAGAAGUCCUUGUGCAAAUUGAAGAAACUUCAGUUCGAACAAAUAUGAAAUGUUUCCAGCGAGUGAUCGACAUUUUUCAAUCCAGAAUGAAACGUGUCUUUCGCAGAUAG